AUGGAUGGAAUCGGUUUAGGCCCUUUGAAGCACAGAAUCGAUGAGAUCAAUGAAGAGACUUUUGUGUACCACUACACAUUGAUUGAAGGUGAGGACUUGCUGGGUAAGCUUGAAAAGGUUUCUCAUGAAACUAAGUUUGAGCCUUCUCCAGAUGGUGGUAGCAUUUCUAAGAUUACCAGCAAGUACUACACCUUGGAUGAUGCUGCGAUUACUGAGGAUGAAAUCAAGGCCAGCAAGGAAAAGGCCAUGGGAAUGUACAAGGCAGUGGAAGGCUACCUCCUCCAAAAUCCUGAUGCUUAUGCUUAA